AUGGUAGCCACCAUCCUGACCGCGCUCGCGUUUGCCGUGAAGCCUGCUGGCAUCACAAAACUCGGAUCCGGCUACGAUGUCAUACUGGGCAACCCUCUCUCCACGGAAGGGCCCGACCCUGGCUUCAAGACGUCGCCUAUCUUCGAGCUCUCCUAUGAAGAUGGCGAUACCACCCCCGACGACAAGAACUGGGAGAUGCCGGACGGCAGUCACAUCGACUCCACCAUGGAUGCAUGUCAGUCGACGUUCACUUCCAAGAUUAUGAGCGGAACGAAGUCUUACCAGAAGCACCUGCAGGAGUCGGCCAGCGUGGAAGGGGAAGGCUGGGGCGCAAAGUUCAAGGCGAGCGCUGAUUUCAAGAAGCAGGAGUCGACUGACUCGUCACAGAGGACCGUGACAGUGAUGAGCGAUGCAUUUUGCGAGGUGUACUCAGCCAGGCUGAUGUUGGCCAGUGGCCCGAAGUUGAGCGACCACUUUAUCGCGGCAGUGGCAGGCCUCCCAGAUGCGUACGACAAAGACAUGUACUACCACUUCAUCAAGGAUUGGGGGACGCACUUUGUCGGCUAUAUGCUGAUGGGAGGACGCUAUGGGAAACACCACUACUUUACGGAGUUUGGGUUUGCCCAGAUGGAGAGCCACGAUCUAGAUAUCAAAGCCGCGGCCAGCGUCUCCGCCUUUGGCUUCAGUGGCGGCGCCAGCGCGAGCCGCGCAACAGCCGAAGAGCAGAAGCGGUCCUUUGAAGAGAAGCGUACGAGCGACGAUGCUUACAGCAUCGGGGGAGAAUUCAGCAAUAACACGUCGGUGUGGAUGGCGAGAGUCCGCGACAACCCGAUGCCUGUGCACAUUGAGCUCAAGGAAAUCGUGAGUGUCUUCGACACGGAGUACGGCAUGCCCGAGAGCUCAGCCGCGAAGAAGGGUAACAUGGUGAAGGCCAUGGAAGAGUACUGCACAAACUACAAGGAUAUGAACUACGACAUGAUCAGCAACUGCUACGAACCCGAGGAUGACCCGCGCCUGCAUCUCCCAAUCCUAUCGAAGUACGUCUACACGAUGAAAAAGUAUGACGGGCCGCCCGGGCACUUCUGGAAGGAUCGUCAAUACCAUUACCUCAAAAAGCACGACGUCAGCUGCGAGCCAAGCGAGGGAAAUUUUGCAGUGGCGAGGCCAGUUGGAGCCCUCAAUUCGUUUCUGCUCGUGAGUCCCCCCCCGCCGCCACCUUCCUCACCCUCCUCGUCGCCGCCGAAGAAGCGAGUCAAUUUUGCUUACCGGUGCGUGAAGCCGACGGUAGAGGAGCUGUCUGCUGCCGAAAAGAAGACAACGGUGCCGAACGACUACGGGAACGACUACCGCUAUCUCGAUCGCCACAAUGUCAGCUGUGGCGAGGGAACGGUGCUCUCUCAGUUCAAGCUGGUGAAAUUAGAAGAUCAGGUUCACUACGAUUUCACCUGCCGCGACUGGCCCAAGCUCGACCAGUCCAUGCAUCACGUUGCUUGCGAGGGUCACGAGGCGCUGCAGCAGUUCAAACUAUUGACCUACUCAGAAGAGGACAAGAUUCAGUACGAGUACAGGUGCUGCGACCUUUCGAUGGCGGCGGCGACGGCGGCGAACACUUCUUCUUGCCUCAAAUGA